CUUGCUUUAAUUGUAGGUUUCAGACCAAGAUGGGUUUGUGCAAGACACCACUAGCUCUUCUUAUUUGUCUCUUUGGCUUAACCCUACUCCAAUUCUCCCUUGCCCAAGACACCCAACAAGACUACCUCAGUGCCCACAAUGCCGCCCGUGCAGCGGUGGGAGUUCCAGCGCUGAUAUGGGAUGACCAAGUAGCUGCAUAUGCACAAAACUAUGCCAAUACACAUAUUGGCGAUUGCAAUCUUGUGCACUCUCAGGGUGAGUCUUACGGUGAAAACCUUGCAUGGAGUAGCGGCGACUUGUCAGCCACAGCGGCGGUGAACAUGUGGGUGGAUGAGAAGGCGAGCUAUGACUACAACUCCAACACUUGCACUGCUGGGAAAGUGUGCGGGCACUACACUCAGGUGGUGUGGCGCAACUCUGUUCGUUUGGGAUGUGCUAAAGUUCGGUGCAACAAUGGAGGUACGUUCAUCGGUUGCAACUAUGAUCCCCCAGGCAACUAUAUUGGACAGAAGCCUUACUGAUGCAGAAUAUGACGGAGUGCUUG